UUAAAUCACCCAUCCACAAACACAAAACGAUCAUCCAGUAACUAAGUCAAUCACCAAUAUAUGUCUUCUUCAUCAGUCAACGUACCCGUUCCGGUUGAGACUUCCGAUGGAGGUAAGUACGUGACGUUGGAGGGUCAAAUAUACAGUUGUAAACAAUGCAAAACUCAUCUUGCUCUUAACGAUGAUAUCUACUCCAAGGGCUUUCAUUGCAAGAACGGAAAGGCUUAUCUUUUCAACAAGGUAGUAAAUGUGACUGUUGGGAUCAAGGAAGAUAGACUCAUGUUAACCGGGAUGCACACAGUUGCCGACAUUUCAUGUGUCAAAUGUGGAUCAAUUGUUGGAUGGACAUAUGAAAUCGCACAUGAAAAACGCCAAAAGUUCAAGGAAGGGAAAUCAAUACUUGAAUUGUUUAUGAUUUCUGGUCCUGAUGAAAUCGAUGAUUGAGCUAGUGACUAGUAUGAAGCAAAUAUUUGUGGAAGUGGUCAAGAUGGCGUUUGAAGAAUGAUGAUUUAUUUGCAGUUGAAACCUAUAUUAUGUACUUUCAGAUGUUAUAAGUUUAAGCUCAUGAAUUGUUACCUGAUUGUCAGAUGUUCAUCACUUCAUCCAGAUUUACAGGUCAAUAAAUGAUACUGAAAAGUGGUAAAUUCAGAUGUUUAAGGAUAUAUUAUUAUA